AUCAGCCUUGUUUUCAUCGUCACGCUGACGGAGGAACAAACGAAGUACGUCUUACCGUCGUCGGCCUGGGGCGACGCCUGCUGGCCGAUGUCGAGCGAAAUCAAAAUGAUGGACGCUGUUGAUCUCAUAGCCAGCGUCUCGGCGCCGAACGUAAUCUUCACCUUGACGCUCAGUCUACGCAUUGACACAUUCGCCCACGUGCUAAUGUCUGACAUAGGCACCAAUGACGUCGGGCUCGUCCUCUCCUACGAUCAUUCGACUGGCUAUUACGACAAGGGAUGCAAAGACUUCUUCCAGCACGACGCAAGAGGCACAUCCGCGGUGUACUUCGGUGGAGGGGACUGCAUGUUUGCCCCGAAGCACGGCAGCCCCCCCAGCGUGGUGUCCUUUGAAACGCCAGUGACGGUGCGACACAAGAUGGUCGCCGCCUACCGCCACUUGGGCUACGCGAAAACCAGCCAGUACGUCAUAGGAUGGAGCGUUUACAACGUCACUCACGGAAUGGCGCCUCAAUCGUGCAACGGGACCAACAACCGGAUCGAUGAAAUCCGCAAAGUGAUCGACGACAACAAAUAACCGGCGCCCGGGGACUUCGUGGGUCGGCUUUGGGAUAUUGUGCUUCAGAAGCGGCUGCCUGUCCACGCUUCAACGAGGGACAGUUUCAAAAGCUGUCGCCCAAGGUUGUCGGGGCUGGCAACUAGCUUUCAGCCAAAAGCUGCUUAUAAAAAAACACCGCAUCUCCUUAGGAGAGCAGAUGACUUGUUUUACGUCCUUGGUUCGACGUUUAUACGAUUAUAAUUGAGCGUCAGUAAAGAAAUAUCAACACACGCGUGAAUAAAAUCCUAAGAAAUGUGCUCACUUCGCUGUGAGCGGUAACGGGCUCGGUACCCGCUACGGAAGCCUUCUUCCGGUGGAGGUGGUUUGCAAAAACGACCGUCUACCGCGCAUUGGGCGCAUGUAAAAGAACCUCAUCCGGGCAAAAUUAUUCUAGAGUCCCUUAAUACGGCAUAUCUCGACCAGAUCAUGAUUUUGCCUUUA